AUGUUCAUUGGAGGCCUCAGCUGGGACACCAGCAAGAAAGACUUGACAGAGUAUCUCUCUCGGUUUGGCGAGGUUGUGGAUUGUACAAUUAAAACAGACCCAGUCACUGGGCGGUCGAGGGGGUUUGGGUUCGUGCUCUUCAAAGAUGCAGCCAGUGUGGAGAAGGUGUUGGAACUGAAGGAACACAAACUGGAUGGGAAGUUAAUAGAUCCUAAAAGGGCAAAAGCCCUAAAGGGGAAGGAACCACCAAAAAAAGUGUUUGUUGGUGGGCUGAGUCCGGAUACCUCUGAAGAACAGAUUAAGGAGUACUUUGGUGCUUUCGGCGAGAUUGAAAACAUUGAGCUUCCCAUGGACACAAAGACAAAUGAAAGGAGGGGCUUCUGCUUUAUCACAUACACAGAUGAAGAGCCAGUAAAGAAGUUACUAGAAAGCAGAUACCAUCAAAUUGGUUCAGGCAAGUGUGAGAUCAAAGUAGCACAGCCUAAAGAGGUAUACAGGCAACAGCAGCAGCAGCAGAAAGGAGGAAAAAGCAAUGCAUCUGGUGGACGAGGAGGUGGAAGGGGGCGUGGACGGGGUCAAGGACAAAACUGGAAUCAGGGAUUUAAUAACUACUAUGAUCAAGGAUAUGGAAACUACAAUAGUGCUUACAGUGAUCAAAGCUACAGUGGCUAUGGUGGAUAUGACUACUCUGGGUACAACUAUCCCAAUUACGGAUAUGGGCCAGGAUACACAGAUUACAGUGGUCAACAAAGCACAUAUGGAAAGGCAUCCCGUGGUGGCGGCAAUCACCAAAACAACUACCAGCCGUACUAAAGCAGUACCUAGUACUUGAGGAAACAGGUAGAGAUAACUGCAGCAAAGACAUCUUGCAGCGCAUCGUGAGUGAAUGGAGGGUGGUCUUCAUGAGAGGAAAUGACUAUUUUGUAAAAGACUUUCAGUGUACACAACUUGUGUCCAACUGUACAUAGCAGCUGACUAGUUUUCUUUUAUGGUUUUUACUUUCUUUUUGCCAUUCAUGUUAUGACACAAUGUGGACUUGUGUUUAUACAAACUUUAUUUGUAUAAUUUCAUGUUAAAGGAUUCUCUAAUAAAUGCUUACUUAAGUGAG